AUGAAUAAUAUGUUCAUACAUGCAAAUAGCUCAUUGUUGAAAAUAGCUAGCAGGGAAAGCAUAACUAUUGUUGGAAGAUGUAAGUUGUAUGAUGGUGUCAUUAAUGUGUCGAGUUCAGAGGAUAGUUCUGAACUAAAUUCUCGUCCCAAAAGAUGUGAAUUGAUUAGGGGUUUAUGUGUAGAAGGGAAAGUUGGGGUUGCACUCCACCUUCUUCGUGAUUUACCUGGGAAGUGUGUGUAUCCGGACCUUUUUACUUGUAAUAUCCUUGUGAAUGGGCUUUGUAAGAAUGGCGACCUGUCGACUGCCACUUGGCUUCUUAAUCUCAUGCCAAGUUUCCGUCUGUCGCCCAAUACUGUGACAUACAAUACGCUCAUUAAUGGGUAUUGCCAUUGGAGCACCGUGGAUAGAGCUCUUUGUCUUGUGUCUUCCAUGGCAGAAAGGGGAGUUAGGCCAAAUAGAGUCACUUGUAACAUACUUGUUCAUGCCCUUUGCAAUAAGGGUUUAUUGGAUGACGCCAAGAAGCUUUUGUCUGAUAUUUUAAAUGAUCACAAAGCUACAAAUUUGAUCACUUCAACAACACUCAUUGAUGGCUAUUUUAGGGCUGGGGACAUGGCACGGGCUCUUGAACAUUGGAACGAAAUGUUGACUAGGCGCAUUUGUACUGAUCAAAUAGCUUACAACGUAAUAAUUAAUGGAUUCAGUUUGGGGCAGGACAUAAAGUACGCAUAUAGAUACAUUUCUGAGAUGUUCGAGAAAGGUUUUUUACCUGACUUAGUGACCUUUAAUACUCUUUUAUAUGGCUUGUCGAAAGAAGGGAAAAUUGAUGAGCAUGGCGACGUUCUUAAAGCAGCAGAGUUCUUAAAUAACAUGUUAAUUAACUCAUCAGUCCCUAAACCUCAAAUAUGGAAUCUUGUUAUAAAUGGCUAUGCGAGGAUUGGAGAUGAGAUGCUUGCUGAGGGGCUUUUUCCUGAUGUAGUUACGUGUAAUUUGUUGAUCACUGGUGCAUGUAGUGCCGGUUAUAUAUAUUUUGCUAGGCAAUUGCUUCGAGAAAUGCUGAAUAGGGGUUAUCAACCUGAUAUUGUCACUUUCACAGUGUUAAUUAGAGGCCUUUGCUCGAAGGGAAAAGUGUGGGAAGCCAUAGAUCUGUUUAACAAGGUGGAGAAAUCGGAAUUAGCUGUUGACCAUGUGCCAUUUCAAAUUUUCGUAACUAUAUACUCCAAGAUGGGAAAACUUUUAGAAGCAUUAGAGCUCUAUGAGGAAAUGACCAGAAAGGGUCUGUUAGGCAGCUACAGAAUGUACAAGUCAUUGUUUAAAGCGCUGAAGAAGAAUGGCUAUUACUUUGAAGCAAGUCAAGUGAUUAGGAAUCAUAAGAAGAAUGGGCCUCAGCGCGGCGCGAGCGCGGGGGGUGGGGGUUUCGUGGAGCAGGAGUCCUUCCCCGGAGAAUGGGAGGUAGAGCAGAGGUGCUUCCCUGGGGAGGGAGGUGCGGGGUUGAACGCCGGGGGGGACCUCAAGCGGGGACUGAGCGUGCAGGGGGGGAGCUCGGGUGGGGGCGAGGGCGGGGGGCGAGGUGAGGUUGAGCGGGUGGGUGGUGAGGGCGAUGCUGAGGUAGGUGGGUGGCGUUGGGGGUUGCGGGGCGGGGCUGAGCGAGGGCCUGAGAGCGGGGGAAAGGUGGGAGGGGCGCACCCGAGCAAUGGGAGUGGCACCGAAACACACGCGCUAGAGUUUGAAGGGGGGAGGGCAUCUCAGCAGACACGGCCCAGGAGCGGGAGGAGCGCAGCAUCUGGCAGAGGGAGAGCAGUCAGCGGGAAGGAGGAGCAGCCACCGAAAGAAGACAGAGGCACGCGUCCGAGAUCCGCUUUUUGUCGCGCACGCCGUCGCUAG